AUGGCAGAUGUUUCCUCUCCAGUCUCUCGACGAGCGCCGUCUCCGGCUGCAGAUGGGCUCUAUGUGCCGACUCCUAUCGUGGACGAUGCCUCUCGGCGCACCCCAUCCCCUCAGCUUGCCUACGCCGACAGACGAAAUCCCCAACACAUGCGGCGGUCCAGUCUGGAGCCGGUGCUGGAGGGCGAGGCGAGAGCGCCGGACAACAGACGUCACAGCGUCGGCCAUGACCCUGGCAGCGCCCUGCCGAGGCCGAACCUGGCGAAACCGCGCGUGCCUAUCUCAGGGAGGCCGGCUCAUGGCAGCUCUAUUGGUCUUCGGCGUGAAUUUAUCCUGCCAAGGGAAUCGCCGCUCUCUGUCGAGGUCAAGACCAGCGUUGUGGCUCAAUCAAUCAAGAUCACCAACGAGUACCUCUUUAUGAAUGAGCUUGCAUACCACUUGUCCAUCCGCUACAGCCGCCCCAUGAGCUCCAUCGUGAUAUCUUUACAACACGGCAUGUGUCUGCUCUUCGGUGGCUCAUUUGAUCCUGCAUAUAUCAUGACGGUCACUGCAUUGCCGGAUCAGGUCAUGGCCAAUGCGAACAGACGGAAUACCGCGUUAUUCCAAUCCCAUCUCCAGCAAGCCCUCAGGGUCACUCCAACACGCGGCCUUGUCCUAUUCGUGCCAAUUGUCGAGGAACGUCUGGGCUACGGCGGAGAGACGCUGGCCGCGGCGGUGGGAGCAUCAGCUGGGGACGGCAGAAACGGAGAGCGGCAACAGUUCAAGGCUCUGCGGAAACCUGCAUCGAUGAACCCCAUGGUGUCUCGGCGAAACGACAAUACGGCGCCGCCCGUUGCAGUCAUGCCACCUGCAGUGGCCCCCAAGAAUAGUAUCGACAUGGUGACUUCAUCAGGAACGAAAACAAGGAACAAAAGAAAGGCUUUUAUGCAAAGCCUGUUCACGAGAUCACCAAAAGAGUAG